CUCAUGCAAUAACUACAUUUACGAUAGUAAUGAGAGAUAUUUUAGUAUUAGUAAUGAAAUAUAACGUGAUAGAUAAUAUAUAGAUUAAUUGAAGGUUAUUGUUUAAUAAUGACUUCUGCACAAGUCGAAUAAGUUCAGGUAUAUAUAAAAACAAUAUAUUUUACGGUUAAGAAUAUUUAAAUUUACAAUCCUGACAAAACAAUGAAGCCUUUAACAGAUCUUCCUUUAAUAUCAAAAUUAUCAACAAGAGUCAUACGAAUUUUAGGAUGUAACCAAGGAGUUAUGACAUUACAAGGUACAAAUACAUACCUCGUUGGUACUGGCACCAGACGUAUAUUAAUCGACACAGGUGGAGAAGAAACUGCUCCUGCCUAUACAAAGUUAUUACGUGAUGUAUUAGGAAAAGAAAAAGCAACUAUUGAACAUUUAUUGAUUACACAUUGGCAUGAUGAUCAUUUAGGAGGAGUUAAUCCUGUUUUAAAUACAUUAAAAAUGUUAGAUAUAAAAGCAACCUCUAGAAAAGUAUGGAAAUUUCAAAGGGCUCAACAUGACAAAGGUACAAGUGAAUCUGAGAAAAAGACUUCAUGGCAGAAUUUAGAAGAUAAGCAAACAUUUGAAGUGGAAGGUGCCAAAUUACGUGUUGAGUAUAUGCCUGGUCAUACGAGUGAUCAUGCUACCUUUAUAUUAGAACAAGAGAAUGCAUUAUUUAGUGGAGAUUGUAUUCUUGGAGAAAGUACUACUACGUUUGAUAAUUUACAUGAUUAUACAAUAUCAUUAAAUAAGAUAUUGGCAUUAAAAACAAAACUUAUCUAUCCUGGUCAUGGACCAGUAGUAAAAGAUCCAGAAGCUGUGAUUAAUUAUUAUACUGAACAUAGAUUAAAAAGGGAAAGUGAAAUUUUAGAUAUUCUUCAAAAAAAUGCAAAACCUAAUACAUUAUCUGAAAUGGAUAUUGUAAAUCAUUUAUACAAGAAUAUCUCGCGAGACAAAUGGGAAGCAGCAGCUAAUAAUGUAGAACGUCAUCUUGACAAAUUAUUAAAAGAAGGCAGAGUGAAAGGCAUGAAAGGAAAAUGGCAAAGUAUAUAACUAAAGUAAGUUUAA